AUGGGUGUUAUUUUAAUCAAUGAUUUGAUCAAGUCAACUAAUCUCGUUUCCGUUCCUUCUGAAUAUGCAUUCCCUGCAAAACAUGAGGAUCCCAGUAUGCUAACAGAAAAAGAAGAACAACAAGUAAUUGUACCCGUCAUUGAUCUCUCAUUCCUCACCUCUGGUUCUCCUGAUCAACAGUCUAAAGUCAUCGAAGAUCUUCGAAAUGUGGUGAAUCAUGGAGUUCCUGGAAGUUUGGAGAAGGAAAUGAUGAAUUCAUGCAAGGAUUUCUUCAACUUGAGCCCAAAAGAAAAGUCAGCUUGUCGUGGAAAACACGAGAUUGAUCCGCGUAUUUUGAACCACGGAACCGAUUAUAUGUUGGACCGUAAUAUCCUUAUGGAUCGUUGGGUCGGUUAUAAGUUGGAUAAUAAUGACCGUGGAACCGAUUAUAUAUUGGACCGUGAAGCCAAUUUUAAUACUGCGGUCGAAAGUGUCUCAUUUAUGAGGGAUAAAUUUAAGGUGUUCGUGCAUCCUAUAUUUGAGUCCCCUCCUAAACCAGAGGGACUGAGGUAA